GUGAAGGGAAGGGAAGGAGGCGGAACCACAUCCGGGUCAGGGGGCGCGGCCUGGCCGGAAGUGAACAGGCGCCGCCAUGGCCUCUGGGGGCGAAGUGUCUGCACUGGUCCUAGUGGCUAUUCUGUGGGGAGGGACAAACCCAUUUUUGAAGACCGGGACAGAGGGAAUGGAGAAGGUGAAGCAAAGGAACCGAGUGCUGCAGCUGCUUGCAGAGAUGAAAUUCCUGUGCCUCAAUUAUAAGUACAUGGUGCCAUUUCUGUUUAAUCAGUGUGGAUCAAUAAUCUACUAUCUCACAUUGGCAUCCACAGACCUGUCCCUGGCGGUGCCCCUCUGUAACUCUCUGGCUUUGAUAGUCACAGUCGUAACUGGGAAGAUUCUUGGGGAAGACAUUGGUGGUAAAAGUAAGUCAUACUUCAGUGCAAUGCUUUUAUAUAUGUGCUCCGCACACAGCUUGGCAUUCAGCACCAUACCUUGAACAUCUAGAUUACCAUUGUUUGGUGGGAGGUCUGGCUAGAUCAUGUAUUUCUGGGGGCAAGAUGUGUGGUUAGUUAAAUAGUUCAUCUUAUCAUAGUUGGGGAUGGAUUUAUUAAGGACCCCUCCCCUAGAUGUGUACAGAGUGAUGAUCUGGUUCAUCCUACCUUCUCAUGGAUGGAUAUAAGAUAGCACUAGUCUGUGUGUGAUCAUCAGUUGCUGUUGUCUCAGAGAGGGAUUUGAAACUAGGUUUUGGACAACUCUACUCUGUUAGUAGUAACUUAAUAUUUUUACAUUAAGGAGCUACACUGUGGGUAAGCUGCAGAAGGUAAGAAUGUUGUCCUGGUGAGGGAAGAAACCAAGCAAAUUGAAAGCGUGAUGGCAUUUUGUUCCAAUAACAGCUUAUUCAGCUUUCUAGGAUCAUCGUUGAGAGAGGGUGAAAUCUGUAGAUUUAGAGCCAUCCUGUACACUUCAAGUCAAUGGAAGUUAAGGGUACGCGUACCUCAGGUUCAGGCCUUUACACAAUAAAGACACGUGAGCAGAACAGAACUGGUGAACACCCCUCUAGGCCAAGAAAGAUGUUCUAUAAAAACCUAAAAUACCAAUGAAGAUUCUUCUUCCUCACCCCCUCCCUCAGUCCACUGUCUGACACUAGAUAACUUCAUAAAAUGGCUGCACGUUUGAGACUGUUUGUAACUGACUGGGAUGAAGUCCAGCUCCAUAGGCCCAUGCUAAUAACUACAUUUGUCUUUAAACACAGCUAUUGUUAGUACAGUGUUAACAAGGUUUCCCUGACUCGAGCAAACAAGGACUAUUUUCCUAAGAACUAUGCUCUAGAGCUAUGUUGUCCGUGGUAGUUUUAUAAUAUAGUUAAUAGUUUAAAAAAAUAAAUCUCUGCACAGACAUGAGGAAAAGUGUCUUAGAACCUGCUAUUAACAACACUGCUGAAAUUCAUCUGGAACUAGCAUGUUUCUGAUCCUCUCUAUCUAGCCAGUCAGACCACAUCAUCACUGUAGCAUUUGAAUAGAGGACAAGGCCUAACUGAUUAGUGGUGAGUGCUCAUGAUUCCUCCCAUUUUUGUAUGUCCUGUCU